GGAACAAUUGUAAACAAAGUUGCUCUGGCUAUGAGUCUGUGGUGCACAUAUCAGCUGAUUCGGAGGGGAGUAACUUCUACUCUCGUGACUGACUUUGGGACGCUUAAUUGGCCCCAUUAAACGGGUAACUUUUGCCAUUAAAACAUCUUAAUGUCUCAAAAAGCGCCCAUAAAGACUGGAAUAUGACUGUAACCCCAUUUUUCUGCUUUGAAUAGUGAGACGUAACCGAGUAGAGGCAAGAUCCAACCUAUGCAUGUCGUACUCAGCUUACCUAGGCUACUACUCAAUCUUUUCCUAUAGUGACUGAGUUCCGCCCUCACUAUGUCGUCGGAAGACUUGGAGCCAUUAGCCUCCGUGGAUGGCUUGGAUAGUACAGUUCCCAUAUCCGUGGUGAGUAUAGAAGCUGCCAGGAGAUUGCGGAGAAACCAAUCAGGACCGAGAGAACGAUCGUCUUCUGACCGCUAUGUCGUUGGACUUGUCACGCCACAUGUUGAUCACGAAGAGGUCGAUUACGACGACACAAACAGUUUGUUGGGCCACAAUCAUGAGCAGAUAUUCUUACCAGACGAUAGCGGAGGCGAUGUCCUUCAGUCCUGCCUGCUUGAUAGUGCUUAUGGAGAUGAAGAUGAUGAUGGUAUUAGUUGGGUAAAAGCCAUGUUCCUCAUAGUCAAUGCUGGAUUGGGAGCAGGACUUUUAAAUUUUCCAGAAGCAUUCCAAGCAGGUGGAAUAGUUUCUUGGAAAUGUAUUCAUGUGAUAUUUACUGCUUGUGCCUUAGGAUCUCUUCUUAUUAUUGGUCGUUGUGCAAGUGAAAGGAACUGUAAAACAUAUCAAGAGUUGAUUCUACAUAUGUGCAACCCAUGUUGGAGCGUUUUGGCUUCAAUGUUUAUAUCCUUGUAUUGUUUCAUCACAUGUAUAACUUUUAUCAUCAUUAUUGGCGAUCAGUUUGACAGAGUAUUUGCUUCCUACAUUGGAAUGGAUUUCUGCCAUCGAUGGUAUCUCCACAGAAAGUUCACAAUGACAAUUACUUCUUUACCACUUAUUUUUCCUUCCUGUUUCAAAAGAAUUGAUGGCCUUAGGUUCAUGAGUUAUGUUGGUGUUUUGUCCAUAUUUUAUCUGAUGGCUAUCAUUGUAGAAGAGUUUUAUAUGGGGAACUACCCAAAGGGUCCUGUGAUAAUAUAUGAUUCUCAUUGGUCAGAGGUUGUUAAUGUGUUGCCUACAUAUGCUUUUUGCUACCAAUGUCAUGUAAGCAGUGUUCCAAUAUACUCAUGUUUAAAAAAACAGAUGGUCCAACAUUUGCAAAGUUACAAAAAUAAUCACCAGUCAUAUUAUCAAAGUACCGUGACAACUGAAAUUAAUAUUAGGCCUAAUAAAGAGUUACACUUAAUUACCUUAAAAUAUGCUUGUACGUCAGCAAUUUUUGUUUGCUUGACUAUUUACACAAUAUCAGCAAAUUACGGGUAUCUCACGUUUGGAUCACUUGUGAAUGGAGAUGUUCUCUUGUCAUACGAUGCUAGAAAGGUACAUGUGUUUGUUGCAGUUAUUCUUUUAGGAAUCAAAUCAUGGACAACUUACCCAAUUCUCCUGUUUUGUGUUAGGGAGGCAGUAAGUGACCUUUACAUACAAAUGAAAUCCUUGUCUCCUGUUGAAGCAUCACUCAACGAACCUGCUCGAAGAAGGAUUAUCGCCAUAGUACUGUGGGUAUCAUCAAUACUAAUGGCAGCCUUUACGCCCAAUAUUGAUAUUGUGGUAAAACUUCUUGGGAGCUUAGCUGCAUUCUUCAUAUUUGUGUUUCCAGGUAUGAGUUUGCUACAGCUUGUGUUAUUUGAAAGUGAAAUGAACAGUUCUACAAAAACCUGGCGUGAAGUUGGAUUGUGUGUAGUAGGUAUAUUAUAUGUAAUGCUAGGAAUGUUCACUUUCGGUCUGGCUUUUGUUUUAGGGGUAGAAAAUAUGAUUGAUCCAGACGACUCUAGGCCAUUAUGUGAAUAGUUACUUUGAAAUUAGACAAAAUUAUUUAGUAAGAAGAUAUUUUUAUUAUGCAACACUUGAUGAUCUUUUUCUGGUGAUACAUCUUACAUUUUUAAAAUUUUGCAGAUUUUAAGUACCAUACAUUGAUAUUUUAUACUAUUUAUGCAAUAAAUUUUUUUAAAUGUAAAAUUU